CUGCAAAAGAUAUCACAUCAUCCUUAAGUCCAUUCGGCAUCAGUACAGAUUUGGUCAAAAGUUAAAGUACCAAAAAAAAUCUAAAAACAACAAACAAACAUUCUUUAAAUCCGAUAAACGGAAAGCGAAAUUUUUCUUAAGUGUUCGAUAUAUUACGUUGCAUAAAAGCUCCGGCAUGGCUUUUAUUAAAACUUUAUACGGGAUAUUUUGUGUUGUGGCUGUCGUAGCGGCAUUACCAACGGAAGAGACCAGAGGACAUUCAAGGAAUUCGGUUGGCUCGGAAAAUGAUCUUAUGGAUAGUAUAUACAGCGAUUGUUUGCGAAAAGAUUCAGUGUCAUGUGUGAAAUACAAACUGUUUUCGUUCGUUGACAAAAUGAUUGGACAAAAGGAUACAUUUGCGUUGACUGAAGGUGUAACCGUUGUUAAAACAUCUGGUGCUGACAGUGAAGGUGCCCCACGUGCAUUAUCUGGUGACGAUUCAAUGGAAUCGCUGGUAAUGAGCCGACUUCAAAACUUCCUCCAAACGCACACCAUCAAAGUCGAUCUGAAAGGAUCCGAUAUCGUAUCAGCUGUAUCAUCAACUGGCCGCGCAUUGGAAGAUGUAUCCGAAAACAUUUUCGGUGACGAUCAAUCAGCCGUGUCCGAAUCCCGAGGCAAGAAAAAGAAGGCCGCCAAAAUUCUCGGUCCAUUGUUGUUGGCAUUGGGUCUGAAGGCAGCCGCUCUGUUGCCAUUGGUGUUGGGUGCCAUUGCAUUGAUUGCUGGCAAAGCAUUGUUGAUCGGUAAAAUUGCGCUCGUUUUGUCGGCGGUCAUUGGAUUGAAGAAUUUGCUGAAAAAUGAGAAACAUGUCACGUACGAAGUGGUAGCUCAUCCACAUCACUCGUCCAGUCAUUCGUCCAGUCACGGUGAAGCGUACGGAUCAGGUGGAUCGGGAUUCAGCGCUGAUAUUGGUGGCGGUGCCGGCGGUUACGGCAGUUCUGGCCACGGCGGAUGGGGACGAUCAGUCGAUGCUCAAGACUUGGCCUUUAAUGCUCAAAAACCAUAAGACAUAGACUUAAGAAACUUGAUUUUUCCUCAGUAAAAUAAGAGUAAGUGCAUUUUCAUCACUCUAAGUACCACAAAUACUCGGAGUCGUGUUCAAUGAAUUAUUUUUGUUGUUUACUUUGAAACGUAAAACGAAUUAUUUAAUUUAUAUAAAUUAUUUAUAAUUUUAAUUUAUUUUCUUAACUUAUUAUCAGCAAACAAACGAAGAAAAAAAGAAGAAGAACAUAACGAUGUUAUAGACUUAGUAAGCUAUACAAGUAGCGUUGUUUUUGUCUCUAUUAUAGAAAAAAGAGAAGAUAAUCUUAAAUGUUAUCUGAAAACACUCUCUGUGUAAAUAACCAAACAAAUUUUCUAAUUAUUUUUUUAUUAUUUUCAUUUUUUAUCUUUUCACACCAAUAAUCUGUCCUCUUUUUUUCAGUUCAUUUUGCAUAUCAAUAGUUACAACACUUAACGCAUUUUUUUCUCGAUUCUUUUCUUCUUUUAUUACUUUCACUUCAAUCUUGAACUUGUUUUCACCGCUUUUCUUCUUUAUAUUUUUUUCCCCCGAUCAAUCAAUAAAAUUUUUGUCAUUUAGUCGCCAUAACUUGCCAUAGAUUUUGAUUUCACCUUCACUAUACUUUAAUUUUAUCACACCAUAUUCUACACACA